GUCUUGUGUAUACUUUUAUCAUAUUGAAACUCGCUCUCAAGUCCUCUUCCCUUUCUCUCUCUCUCUCUUUCUUUCUUUUUGUCUUGUAAUUUCCACUCUCUUUUUUCUCUAUUUGUAACAUAAACUUGCAUAAAAAGGCAAUAAAGAAGAAAACAAGAACAAGAUGAGUGAACAACUUCCCAUCAAAUUUCAAGAACACGCACAGCUACAAAACCUUGGUGUAAACGCAGCCAGUAUUGGCUUCAACACCUUAACUAUGGAGUCGGACAGAUUUAUCUGUGUUAGGGAACAAGUGAACAACCAAAACCAAGUUGUUAUUAUUGACUUGUCCAACAACAACGAAAUCACUCGUCGCCCUAUCACAGCUGACUCUGUCAUUAUGCAUCCUAAAACUAAGAUUAUGGCCCUUAAAGCUCAAAGACAACUUCAAGUAUUCAACCUUGAAACAAAGACAAAACUCAAGUCGCAUAUGAUGAAUGAAGAUGUUGUUUUCUGGAAGUGGUUGGAUCUUAAGACAAUUGGUCUUGUUACAGACCAGUGUGUGUAUCGCUGGUCUAUUGAAGGUGAAUCCGCUCCUCAAAAGGUCUUUGAUCGACAUGCUACUCUCAGCGGUUGUCAAAUUAUCAAUUUGCGCGCUUCUUCUGACGAAAAAUGGUUUGUUCUGGUUGGUAUUUCUGCUAAAGAAGGUCGUAUUGCUGGUUCCAUGCAACUCUAUUCUAGAGAGCGUGGUGUCAGUCAAGCUAUCGAAGGUCAUGCUGCUGCCUUUGCUGAAAUUACUCUUCAAGAUGCUCCUAGCCCUACUAAACUCUUUACAUUUGCUGUUCGUACAGCUAAUAUGAGUGCCAAGCUCCAAAUCAUCGAGGUUGACCAUGUUGAUGGCAACCCUCCUUUCCAAAAGAAGGCUGUUGAAGUCUUUUUCCCUCCCGAAGCUGCUACUGAUUUCCCCGUAGCCAUGCAAAUCAGUCAUAAGUAUGGUGUUAUUUUUUUGGUCACCAAGAUGGGUUUCAUUCAUCUUUAUGAUCUUGAAUCUGGUACUUGUAUCUAUAUGAACAGAAUUAGCAGUGAAACUAUCUUUGUCACAGCUGAAUAUGAUCCUACUUCAGGUAUUAUUGGUGUCAACAAAAAGGGUCAAGUUCUUUCUGUCUCUCUUGACGAAAACAACAUUAUUCCCUACAUCAUCAACAACUUGAACAACACUGAAUUGGCUCUUAAAUUGGCUUCCCGUGGCGGUCUUUCGGGUGCUGAUGAUUUAUAUCUUGCUCGUUUUAACCAAUUGUUUGCUACUGGUAACUUUGGUGAAGCUGCCAAGGUUGCUGCCAAUUCUCCUAGAGGCAUCCUCCGUACUACAGAAACCAUCGAAAAAUUCAGACAAAUUCCUGCUCAACCCAAUUCACUUCCACCUAUUUUACAAUACUUUGGUACACUUCUUGAAAAGGGUGUUCUCAACAAAUUUGAAUCACUUGAACUUGCUAAACCCAUUUUAACUCAAAACCGUAAACCUCUUUUAGAAAAGUGGUUGAAGGAAGAUAAAUUGCAAUGCAGUGAAGAACUCGGUGAUUUUGUCAAGCAAUACGAUUCUCUUUUGGCCUUGUCUGUCUAUUUGCGUGCUGAAGUGCCCAACAAGGUUGUCUUGUGUAUGGCUGAAAACCGCCAAUAUGACAAGAUUUUGGCUUAUGCUAAAACUGUUGGCUAUACUCCUGAUUAUGCCUCCUUGCUUUAUAACAUUGCUCGUACUGAACCCGAAAAGGCUGCUGAAUUUGCCGUGACCCUUACAAAUGAUGAAAAUGGUCCCUUGAUUGAACCUGAGAAGGUGGUUGACGUCUUCCAGUCUCAAAACAUGAUUCCUCAAGCUACAACUUAUUUGUUGGAUUACUUGAAGGGUGAUAGAGAACAAGAUGCUGCUCUUCAAACCCGUGUUCUUGAGAUGAACUUGGUGCAUGCUCCUCAAGUAGCAGACGCUAUUAUGGGUACAGGCAUGCUCAACCAUUAUGAUAAGGUUGUCAUUGGUAACUUGUGUGAAAAAGCCGGUUUGUACCAACGUGCCCUUGAACACUAUACCGACAUUCAUGAUAUUAAGCGUAUUAUUCCUCACACUCACUUGAUGCAAGCUGAAUGGCUCGUCAAUUACUUUGGUAACCUUUCUGUUGACCAAAGCUUGGAUUGUUUGAAAGAAAUGCUCAACAAUAACCUUCGUCAAAACCUUCAGAUUGUUGUUCAAGUUGCCAUCAAAUAUUCUGAACAACUUCAACCUCACAAUUUGAUUGAUCUCUUUGAAUCCUACAAGAGCAAUGAAGGUCUUUACUACUAUCUUGGUUCUAUUGUUAAUGUCAGUCAAGAUGGACUUGUUCACUUCAAAUAUAUCCAAGCCGCCUGUCGUACUGGCAAUGUGCGUGAAGCAGAGCGCAUCUGUCGUGAAAGUACCUACUAUGAUCCUGAAAAGGUCAAGAACUUCUUAAAGGAAGCCAAGUUGAGUGAUCAAUUGCCUCUCAUCAUUGUCUGUGACCGUUUUAACUUUGUUCAUGAUCUUGUUCUCUAUCUCUAUCACAACAACUUGCAGAACUUUAUCGAAACAUAUGUUCAAAAGGUCAACCCCUCCCGUACUCCUGAAGUCAUUGGUGGUCUUUUAGAUGUUGGUUGUGAUGAAAAUACUAUCAAGAACUUGCUUCUUUCUGUUCAAGGUGAACUCCCUGUUGAUAAGUUGUGUGAAGAAGUUGAACAAAGAAACCGCUUGAAACUUCUCUUGCCUUGGUUGAAUAUGCGUGUUACUGCUGGUAGCCAAGAUCCUGAAGUCUACAAUGCUUUGGCUAAGAUCUAUAUCGACACCAACAACAACCCAGAGCCUUUCCUCAAGGAAAACGAAUUCUACAAUCCUCGCAUCAUUGGUAAAUACUGUGAAAAGAGAGAUCCUUACUUGGCCUUUAUUUGUUACGAAAAGGGUCAAUGUGAUUACGAAUUGAUCCAUAUCACCACUGAAAACUCCAUGUUCAAGCACCAGGCCCGUUAUCUCGUUCACCGUCGUGAUCCCGCUCUUUGGGCCUCUGUUCUUGUCGAAACUAAUGAACACCGCCGUGAAUUGAUUGAUCAAAUCGUAGCUACUGCUCUUCCUGAAUGUACCGAUCCUGAUGAUGUUUCAAACACUGUCAAGGCUUUCAUGACUGCCGAUUUGCCCAAUGAAUUAAUUGAACUUUUAGAGAAGAUUGUCUUGGAAAGCAGUGCUUUCAAUGACAACAAGACCUUGCAAAACUUGUUGAUCUUUACUGCUGUUAAGGCUGAUCCUUCUCGCGUCAUGGACUAUCUUAAUCGUCUUGAUAACUUUGAUGCAGCUGAUGUUGCUGGCGUCUGUGUUGGCGAAAACUUGUUUGAAGAAGCUUUUGCUAUUUACAAGAAACACAACGUUGAUGCUAAUGCUAUUGAUGUCUUGAUUGAAAAGAUUGGCGAUCUUGAUCGUGCUUAUGAAUUCGCUGAACGCUCUGAUAAGCCUGAAGUGUGGAGUAAGCUUGCCAAGGCUCAAUUGGAUCAAAUGCGUGUCAAGGAAGCUAUUGAUUCUUAUAUUCGUGCUGGUGAUAUGUCCAACUACAUGGAAGUCACUCGUUGUGCAUCUAUGGACAACAAGUACGACGACCUUGUUCGUUACUUGCAAAUGGCUCGUAAGCAAUCUCGUGAACCCUAUAUUGAAACCGAAUUGUUGUUUGCCUAUGCAAAAACUGAUCGUUUAGCUGAUUUGGAAGACUUCUUGGCCAGCCCUAACAUUGCUCAAAUUCAAGAAGUAGGUGACCGUUGUUUCCGUAGUGGUAUGUUUGAAGCUGCCAAGAUUUUGUAUACCAGCAUUUCCAACCACGCCAGUUUGGCUCAAACUUUGGUUCACUUGAAGGACUACCAAGGCGCUGUUGACUGUGCCCGUAAGGCCAAUUCCACCAAGGUUUGGAAGGAAGUUAAUGCUGAAUGUAUUCUUCAACGUGAAUUCCGUUUGGCUCAAAUCUGUGGUCUUCACAUUGUUGUUCACGCUGAAGAAUUAGACGAACUUGUCAAGACCUAUGAAAAGAAUGGCUUCUUUGAUGAAAUUAUCCGUUUAUUAGAAGCUGGAUUGAACCUUGAAAGAGCUCAUAUGGGCAUGUUCACUGAACUUGCUAUUCUUUACUCCAAAUAUGCCCCCGACAAUAUGAUGGAACACCUUAAACUCUAUGUGUCUCGUAUCAAUAUGCCCAAGGUCAUUCGUGCUUGUUCUGAAGUUCAUUUGUGGCGUGAAUUGGUUUUCCUUUAUGUAAACUAUGAUGAAUACGAUAACGCUGUCACUGCUAUGAUGGAACAUUCUGUUGACUCAUUUGAACAUGGUGCUUUCAAGGAAAUCAUUGUCAAGGUGUCCAAUGUUGAACUCUACUACAAGGCACUCAAGUUCUACCUUGCUGAACAGCCCAUGUUGUUGAAUGACUUGCUUUCUGUUCUUGUUCCUCGCAUCAAGCAUAGCCGUGUCGUUCAAAUAUUUGAAAAGUCUGAUAAUAUUCCUUUGAUCAAGCAAUACUUGAUUUCCAUUCAGGACAUCAACAACAAGGACGUUAACACAGCAUUGAAUGAACUCUAUAUCGAAGAAGAAGAUUAUGAAGCAUUGCGUGACUCCCUUGAUCGCCAUGAUAAUGUUGAUCCCGUUGAUCUUGCAAAGCGUUUGGAAAAGCAUGAAUUACUCGAAUUCCGUCGUAUUGCUGCACAUCUCUACAAGCGCAACAGAAGAUGGAGACAAUCUAUUGCUCUUUCCAAAGAAGAUCGUUUGUUCAAAGAUGCUAUGGAAACUGCUGCUGAAUCCAAAGACCGUGAAGUUGCUGAAGAACUCUUACAAUACUUUAUUGAAGUCGGUAAGCGCGAAUGUUUCGCUGCCAUGCUCUAUACAUGUUACGACUUGAUGAGACCCGAUUUUGUCAUGGAAUUAGCAUGGAGAAACGGUCUGAACGACUUUGCUAUGCCUUACAUGAUUAAUAUUAUGAAAGACAACUUCUCCAAAAUUUCUGUGUUGGACAAGGAAGUAAAUGAACUUAAAGAGAAAGUCGCAAAGCAAGAAUCAACUAAUGAAAAUGCUCCCGCUGUCCCUCUUGGUGGUGGAAUGGGUCAUCCCCUUAUGUUGACAGCUCCUGGAGGUAUGAUGCCUCAACAAUCCCCAUGAUGACUGGCGCAUCUUUCUCACCCAACAACCAAUUCGGUGGUUUCUAAAAGAAAAUCUAUAAUAAUCUAUAUGCUAAAAAAUAUCAUAUUUUGUAAUAAAGUUAUUUCCUUUUUUUUUCAUCAUA